AUGCUUCUUAAACAUCUCUUCCUGGGUUUCCUCCUGGGUGCCUUUUCGGUGGCAGCCAUCCCUCAACCAGAGCCCGAAGACGUCGAGCUCGAGGCAAGGGACGAUGAGGAUCUAGUCGCCCGCGGCGGUUACGAAUACUGCCCCUACGGUCAACACUACGACAAGCACCAUCACUGCGUCUGCCCCUGGGGCCAGAUCAAGGAUGGCAAGUACUGCAAAUGUCCUGAUGGCCAGUACAAGGACGGGGACUAUUGCAAAUGUCCCGGAGACCAGGUCAAGGACGGCAAGUACUGCAAGUGUCCGGAUGGACAGCACAAGAAGGGCAAGCGGUGUGUGUGUCCUCAUGGCCAGAUCAAACAGGGCAAGUACUGCAAGUGUCCUGGUAUUCAGUUCAAGGAGGGAGACUAUUGCAAGUGCCCCGGAGACCUCGAGAAGAAGGGCAAGUUCUGCAAGUGUCCCCACGGUCAGGUCAGAGAUGGAAUCUACUGCAAGUGCCCUGGAGAGCUUGUCAAGAAGGGAGACAAGUGCGUCUGCCCCGACGGACAAAACCAAAAGGGCAACUACUGCAAGUGUCCACAUGGCCAGAUCAAAGAUGGAGAUCAGUGCAAGUGUCCGGAUUACGAGUGGAAGAAGGGAGACUAUUGUGUCUGCCAGAAGGGAUAUCGUCGUGGCCAUGAUGGGAAGUUUGUGGCUAUGUUUCAUACCAACCUAUACCUCAAGGGCAUCUAUGGUCUAUUUCAAAAUUGGAAAUUGAGCUAUAUGAAGUUUGGCGGCCCCAAACGGAAUGAGCUCAAGCUUGGUGACCUCUGA